AUGUCAGCGACGAAAGGAAAGACCGCUCUCGCUCUUACUCGGGUCUGGCAUCACACCAAUGCUCAGCAUAGGGUUCUUGGUAAUCUCGCAAGCAGAAUAGCGUGGGUGUUGAUGGGGAAACACAAGCCAACGUAUGAUCCAGCCGUCGAUGCAGGAGAUUAUGUUGUCGUUUCGAACGCAUCGAACGUCCAUCUGACAGGGAAGAAGGGUACCGAUAAAGUCUAUUACUCACAUACCGGUUACAUGGGAGGAUUAAAAGCUGUCCCAAUAACGAGGAUGAGAGAGAGGCGACCAGAAGAGAUCAUACGGCGAGCAGUAUCAGGAAUGUUACCGAAGAACACUUUUCGGGAUCGACGUCUGGAACGUUUAAAGAUUUUCGCGGGACCUGCACCGGAGGUCUACGUCAACAAUUCCUUGACGACAUGGAGGGAUCAGGUAGGAUCGAAUAUAUCACAGUCAGGACCAGCAGCAGGGCAAACUUCACAGACUAGCGCAUAA